AUGAUAACAAUGGAGUGUAUAAUAAAGAAGAUAAAAACCAUAUUUCAAAAUUCUAUUCAAAAAUGUUUCCCUUCUAUUAGUGAAGAUGCUAUUGUUACUUAUGCCAAUCUUAAAUUUGGACAUUAUCAAUGUAAUAACGCUAUAAAUAUUUAUAAAAAAUAUGGAAAGGAAUUAAACUAUGAAAAUGCCCAGAAAAUAUCAGAAUUUAUAAUUUCCAAUAUAAACGAAACAAUAUUUGAGGAAAUAAAAUCGUCACCCCAAGGUUUUAUAACAGUAAAGUUAUCAAAGGACUAUAUUGAGACAUCAUUAAAAAAAUUGUUUAAUGGAAAAAAAAUAGAUAUAAGUGUAAAUAUAAAUGAUAUAAAGGAAUCUAAUGAAAAUUAUGGUAAUGUACUGGUUGAUUUUUCUUCACCAAAUAUAGCUAAAGAGAUGCAUGUUGGUCAUUUACGCUCAACUAUAAUAGGUGACAGUAUAUGUAAAGUAUUUGAAUUUUUAAAAAUUAAUACCCAUCGAGUUAAUCAUGUAGGUGAUUGGGGUACUCAAUUUGGUAUGAUUAUAAAUUAUAUAAAAACACAUUAUCCGAAUUUUAAAGAAGAAAUGCCAGAUUUAAGUAAUUUAACAAGUUUAUAUCAAGAAUCUAAAAAAAUGUUUGAUGCAGAUAAAGAAUUUGAAAAAUCAUCUAAAGAAAAUGCAAUUAAAUUACAACAUAAUGAUGAUGAUUGUAAAUUCCUAUGGAACAAAUUAUGUGAAAGUAGUAAAAAAGAGUUUGAUAAGUUGUAUGAUAUAUUAGAUAUAAAAUUAGAGUAUGUUGGUGAAUCAUUCUAUGUACCUAUGUUAUCGACUGUUAUGGAUUUGUUAAGGGAAAGUAAAUUAUUAACAAAUAUAGGAGAUGCAAUAUGUUAUCAAUCAGAAAAUUUCAAAGUACCAUUAUUUUUACAAAAAUCGAAUGGGGGAUAUGGUUAUGAUUCUACAGAUGUAGCUGCAUUAUAUUAUAGAUUAACACAAUUAAAUUGUAAUUGUGUUAUAUAUGUUACCGAUAUUGGUCAACUAACACAUUUUGAAACAAUGUUUGAUUUGAUUAAAAAAACGAAUUGGGGAGAUAAAAAUGCAAAAUUAAUACAUGUAGGAUUUGGUUUAGUUCUAAAUGAAGAUAAUAAAAAAUUUAAAACACGAAGUGGAACAACUGUUAAAUUGAUAAAUUUAAUUAAAGAAGGAACAGAAAGAGCAAAGCGCGACUUGCUGCAGAGAAUUGAAACAAAAAGUCAAGAAGAAAAGAGCUACUUCGAAAAUGUGGAUAUAGACCAAUUAAGUGAAUCCUUAUGUGUUAGUGCCAUAAAAUACUUCGACCUAAAACAGCACAGAAACUCAGACUAUAAAUUUUCAUAUGAUAAUAUGUUAAAUGUAAAAGGAAAUACGGGUAUAUAUAUCAUAUAUGGUUAUUCAAGAAUAUGUUCAAUUUUUAGAAAAUGUACCAUAAAUGUGGAGGAUAUAUCAAAAGAUGAGUUAUGUUUAACUAGCAUUUACGAAAUAAAUUUAGGAUUACAUAUUUUGAAAUUCCCAGAUAUCCUUUACUAUAUAUUAAAAAAUAUGCUAGUUCAUAAACUUGCAGAAUAUAUGUACGAUUUAACCACGACCUUUACAGCUUUUUAUGAAAACUGUAAAGUUUUGAAUAAUGAAAAUGAAAAGUCGCGAUUACUUUUAUGUUCAAUAACUAAAUCGUUAUUAAAG